ACAAAAAAGAGCCCACUAAACGAUUCUUUUAAUAUCAUCAACAGGGUAUAUAAAUUUUGCCAAGAUGUUUGGAAUACCCAGAAGGCAACGUCGAAGACCCUUUAACAUAUAAGGAAGUUGUUUUCUACUGCAUAAAGAAAAAUGUUCCAGAACAAUGCAAUCCAGAAACGCUGGGGAAAUAAUUCCGAGCACAUAUUCACAAGCAACCGAAUUAAUGGAUUUUCACAGACGAAUGCAUCACAAUUUUAUGGUACUGAAUUAUGUUGCCAAAAAUAUGAUUUAUUUUUACAAAGGAACAAUUUCUAAUGAAGUCAACCGAGACAACUUGUGGCGUGAUGGAUAUGAUGGAAUGAAAAAUUCGGUUGAAGGCACAUUAAAUAAUGUAGCUAUGUUAAAAUAUAAAUUAUGGCUAUUAAGCAAUUAUAAUAAUCGCACUGGAAGAUUUCGGCGAUUUUCUAAUGACUUUCAUAACAGGCAUCAGGAAUUAGAUACAAUCAACAUUACAGGCUACGCUUUAUAUCAACACCCACACAAAUUUAACAGGAGUGUAUAUUUAGUUCCAAAGCAUACAGCGAGACAUAUUUUCUUAGAUCCUGACGCAAAAACAAGAACCAAUUAUGAAGAGGAAUAUAAAAAAAAAUGGUUGGUUUCACAAGCAUCAGACAUGAAACUUGAGCCGAUCCAAUUUUCACAUGAGGUUUCGAGUAAAGAUAUUGGUAUCAAAGACAUCACAGAUAUUGCUUUAACAACAUUAUCAUUUCUAUCGUUUGGAAUGUUUGUUUUACAAAUUUUAACGUGCUUAACUGCUGAAAAACUUGACGCCAACAGUAUUAUUUUAUUGCAAUCAGCCUCCCCAAACGCAGUAAUGGACGAAGAGCGCAUUGAAGAAAUAAGAAGAAGGAAGAGAUCACCUAUAAACAUACUAUUAAAGCUAGAUAUUAUUGCACAAAAAUCCUUGCGAUUACUUAAACUAUUUUCCAGUACAUCUGAUAAUUAUUCUUGCUACUAUUACCUCAUCUGCGAAAAUAGUGAUAUUGCUAGAAAUCAAAUAACGGACCACGCAUUUUGGAUUCCCAUUUGGAGAUUUCUGGCAACUGGAGCAUCAUUUGCCUCACUAGCUUUUUCGUUUCGGCUAGGCAAAUCAACAGUAGGAGCUAUUGUUAAGGAGACAACCCAAGUUCUAUGGGAUAAUAUGUUUACUAUACAUAUGCCGCAGCCAAACGAACAAUGUUUUCAAGAAAUUGCAAAGCAAUACUGGAAGCUAUGGAACUUCCCAAAUUGUAUUGGUGCUAUCGACGGGAAGCACAUACGAAUCAACUGUCCAGGAAAUACUGGCUGCAUGUAUUAUAAUUAUAAACACUUUUUUUCUAUUGUGUUGCAAGGUAUUGCCGAUGCCAACUGCAAAUUUAUUGCGGUUGAAGUUGGUGGAUACGGAAAGCAAAGUGAUGGUGGCACUUUUAGCUCUUCCAAAAUCUUUAAUCUUUUAAAAAGUGGAGAACUACCUGUACCAGGAAAUACAUGUCUGCCAAACAGUGAAGAAUUUGUGCCAUAUGUAUUUCUUGGGGAUGAGGCUUAUCCCCUUUUAGAAUGUUUGUUAAGGCCGUAUAGCCAAAAGGAGAUAACGGAAGACCAUGAAUAUUUUAAUGCCCGGCUUUCAAGAGCUGGAAAGUGCAUUGAAUGCGCCUUUGGGUUAUUAAGUGCAAGGUUCAGAAUAUUAUGGAAACCCAUUGAAACGGAUCCUUUGUUCGCUGAACUCAUUGUAAAAUGUAUAUGCCUUAUACACAACAUAAUUAUUGAUUUAGAAGGAUUAGAUGAAAAUUUAAAGGAAGAAGUGCAAAAAGAACAUUUUGAAAAAAUCAUAAAAGAAUUCAAUAAAACAAGUGUCAAAAAUGGUAGAUUAAUAAGAGAUAAAUUUUGUAAUUUCGUAUGCAUGAAUAAAAUAUAAUAAAUUUCAAUGUAA